CUUACGAUGAGAUUGGUUAUGAUUUGGCCAAUGGGGACAUUUCCUUUAAAGGCGGGAUCCAGAUUUAAAUUCAAACAACGUUGAAUAGAUUUCGGGUACAGUUUGGUCACUUUUACGCUGCUGUGUGGCGUGUGACUCUUAAUCUGUUAUCCACAGCUUCACUUUUCAUCGGUUCUGUUUUGUUCAGCGGUUUGGUGAACUCCAAUCUGGCAGGAUAAAUGAGCAAAGAGAAUACGUCACGUUUACCAGUCAUGUCGAAGAGGCCUCUCUCCGGCAGUAAUGAUGGAGACCUUCAACAGCCCGCACUGAAAAGGAUACGAAAAGUUGAAACAGGUCUUCAGAGGCUUAAACCUGCUAGUGUGGUCCCUCCAAAACGUACUGAGCCAGUAAAAGCAACCAAUAAAGUGCUUCCUCCAGCCAGAGCUGCAACUGUGGUGGCAGCUCCAUCAAGAGGUGAUGCAAAAAAGCCUGCAUAUGCACCAACUGCUAAAGGAGCAUCCAAGAGACCAGGGUGGGACUUGAAGGGAAAAGUUACUGACCUGGAGAGCAAAAUUCAAAGUUACCAGAGUCGUUUGAAGACUUUUAACCAAGAAAAUGAGGACCUUAAAAUGUCAAAUGCAGAAGUCCAGAAAAACAAGGCAAAUGCCAUAGAGGAAAACAAGCAUUUAAAACAGCAUCUUGGGUCACUUGAAGCAAGAUUAACUAGUCUGGUGUCUGUGAAAGAGGACCUGGAGAGAACUCUUGCAGAAAAAGAAAGCCUUCAAAAAGAUCUGAAAAAGCUAAUAGAUGAAAAUGGAAUUUUGCUCAAGUUAAAAGAUGACCAAACUACAGAAAUCUGCAACAUAAAGAAUCAGCUUUCUAUUCAGAAUACAUCUCUGACCCAGUAUCAGGAGCAACUGAGAAUGUGUCAGGAAAUGGUAACAAGCUUGCAGGAAUUGGUAGACAAGCAGAAGGAUAAGCUUCAUUGUGGAGAAAUGGAACGCAGAAAACUCCAUAACACGAUUCAGGAGCUGAAGGGAAACAUCAGAGUAUAUUGCAGGGUACGUCCUCUCCUUUCUAACAUGGAGGCAACCAUUCCCCACAUUCAACUCCCUGUUAAUGACAACAAGGCUAUAACUCUUGCAAAAACAGAAGAGUCACAUGUGGGACGUGCUGCAGAAACUCAGAAAAAUUACAUCUUCAGUUUUGAUUGCGUGUUUGGGCCUCGCAGCACUCAGAGUGAGGUGUUCGAGGAGAUCUCUCUCUUGGUGCAGUCAGCUCUUGAUGGCUACAAUGUCUGCUGCUUUGCAUAUGGCCAGACUGGUAGUGGUAAAACAUUUACAAUGGAAGGUGGUGACAUGGAGGACAUGCGGGGAGUCAUUCCACGAGCUGUUCAGCAGAUUUUCGAGUCUGCCAGCUUGCUUCGAGAGCAAGGAUGGCAGUACACAUUUACAGCCAGCUUUGUUGAAAUUUACAAUGAAACUCUGCGGGACCUGCUUUAUGUGGGGAAACCUAACAAGCGGCCAGAGCAUGAAAUCAAAAAGACCACAAAUAAUGAAGUCACAGUCACCAAUCUGAAUUACCAGAGGGUCACCACUGAGGAUGAGGUUUACAAGUUGAUCAUCUUGGCAAACCAAAACAGGUCUACUGCUCGAACAAAAAUGAAUGAUCAAUCAUCUCGUUCCCAUUCCGUAUUCCAGCUGGACAUUGAGGGAGAAAACGUUGGCAGAGCUACCAAGUGCAAAUCCUCCCUUUGUUUGGUUGAUUUGGCUGGCAGUGAAAGGAUCCAAAAAAGCCAGUCUCAAGGAGAAAGAUUUAAGGAAAUGACUGCCAUAAACUCUUCGCUCACCAAUUUGGGAAUUGUCAUCACUGCUUUAGCCAAUAAGGAGACCUUUGUGCCCUAUCGCAAUUCAAAACUUACCUACCUACUCCAGGGGUGCCUGGGUGGCAACAGCAAAACUUUGAUGUUUGUAAACAUUUCACCUGAAGAAGAGAGUUUUGGUGAAUCACUUAAUUCGCUGCGCUUCGCCAGCAAGGUGAACGACUGUGUUAUUGGAACUGCCACAGCCAAUAGGAAGUAGAAUCUUUUUUCUUGAUUUUGAUCAGCUAAAGGCACCAUUACAUAUACACUUAUUUUUUUUUUAUUACGCAUCUUUGAACUAUUAAAUGUUUUUAAUCAAUUUUUAUUACUUUUCUUGAUAUUUUAAUGCUCAUUAGACUUUAUACUACAGCUUUAUUUUGUUUGCUAUCUAAAAUUGCCUGGAUGUGAGAUCAAAACCCAAUAAUCACAAGGAUUCAUUUUUAUCAGUGCAUUCAUUGUAAAAAGUUAGUAUUGUUUUAUUGAUAUGAUUUGAAAUACUUUUAUUGAUUGAUUAAACAAUGACUAAACAAUU